GGGAAAGCGCAAGAAAUGGACUCGAAGCCUAACGCAGAUGGAGGUCAGACCUGGCGAGGUGUGACAGAAAUGCUAGCAUGAACCUAACGCAGAUGGAGGUCAGACGGGACGAGGCGUGCAGCCCCUGUCCCUCGCGGCUGCACCUAUAUACCCAUCUAACACUCCUGAGCAGGUCCGUGUUCGUCCGCUGUUGGACUCAUCCUGCUGCGAGCAGGGGAACGGAGGCCGCGGGCCUCUGGGUGCGGCGAAGAGCGCUUCGAGUCCGCGUGCGCGCGUCGCUCAUUCGACUUGUGUAAACUGCCUUGAAACUCGACGAAUCAGCUCCUCCGCUGAGGUGCGACUUUUCGAGUCAAAGGUUCAGAGUGAUAGCAGGGCUAUGAGAAUACCGCAUAAACGGCCGCCGUCGCGAGGCGACGACGGCCUAAUUCAAUUCCGCAGCGAGCGGGA